AUGGCGGCUGCGAAGUGGUUAUGCUUCGUUUGUUGCAUGUGGAUUCUUUCCACAGCCGGAACGUCCGGGACAUUCGCCAUUUACUCACCCGUCCUGAAAGCCGUAGCAGGCUAUGAUCAGAAGCACAUUCAGGCUCUAGCCGUUGCCAAGGAUGUUGGAGAAAGCGUCGGUCUAGUUGCGGGUAUCUUGUGCGACUGGCUACCAGGGUGGCUUAUGCUUCUGGUUGGUGCACUGCACUAUCUGACUGGAUUUGGUGGUCUAUGGCUCGUAGCUUCGCAGCGCAUUCAGCCGCUACCAUUCUGGCAGAUGUGCUCGUUAAUUCUAGUUGGAGCUCAGGGGACCGCUUGGUUCAACACAGCAGCUCUCGUGACCUGCAUACGCAAUUCUCCGAGAUCGCGAGGACCAGUUGUUGGCGUCCUGAAAGGACUGGUUGGCCUUUCGAAUGCCAUUCUCUCUCAAGCUUACUCAGCUUUUCUAGCUCCAAACCAGCCGUCGUUUCUCUUGGUCCUUGCCGUCGUGCCUUUGGCAGUUGCCGUUCCAACCAUGAGCUUUGUCAGGUCAGAAAACCGGGUCUUGUACGAUGAUAUUGAGGAGAAAAAGAGCUUUGAGAAAGUCGUCAUGUCCUGCACGGGCCUGGCAUGCUACCUUCUUGUUGCAAUCUUCGUUGAAGAUCAGAUGGAACUAACAUCUCAGAUCCGGGCAUGGAUUUUUGCUGGAAUGCUGUUCUUUCUGGUUACACCUUUGGCUGUGCCGGCUGCGCACUUCUUUGAAGAUCUUCACCUUAAUUUCAUUGACACUUCAAGAAGAGAUGAACCGUGCGACGGAGAGGUGGAUAUAAGAGAGGCUGAUGACAAACUUCAACCCCUAAUUCAUCGAGUGUUAAGCACAGACUCCAUAUUUUCCGACUUCAGUCCAUCUGAAACACCAGCUGACGAUGGGAAAGAAAACCAGCCUCUACAUUGCAGUCCACAUGCUCAUUUGAGUUCAGAAUUGUGUGAUCAGGAGUCGGGGGACUCUCAAAAAGGUUUGUUGGUGCCUGACCAGGAGAGGACUUACAACUCUCACCCAGUCCUGGAUGUUCAUCAUAGGGGACUGGACGAAGCUGUUCACAGACAGCUGAACAGAAGGAGGAGUUCCCAGAUCCUCUUAGCAGUGGGAGAAGGUGCUGUACGGACGAGAAGGAAGGGUCCGAGACGUGGUGAAGACUUCACACUUGUUGAAGCUCUUCGAAAGGCUGAUUUUUGGCUGCUUGUGUUCUCGUACAUUUGUGGCUGUGGAUCUGGGUUGACUGCAAUCAACAACUUGGCACAGAUGGCAUCCUCCCAGGGCUACAGCCGGGUGCAACUGUUUGUGUCGCUGGUUAGCGUGUGGAACUUCAUUGGCCGCCUUGCUGGAGGUUAUUGCUCCGAGCACCUCGUCAAGACUUAUCUCCUUCCAAGGCCACUGCUGCUUCUUGUGGCACAGCUUGUUAUGUCAGCUGGUCAUGCCAUUUACGCGAUAGCCUUCCCAUACUCUUUGCACAUCGGCUCACUCAUUGUUGGGCUUUGCUAUGGUGUUCACUGGUCUGUGAUGCCUGCAACCGUGAGUGAGCUCUUUGGCCUGAAGAAUUUCGGCCUAAUAUUCAAUGCAGUGGCGGCUGCCACUCCAAUUGGUUCGUACUUGUUUUCAAGCCUGAUCGCCGGGUACCUUUACGACUACGAGGCGCACAAGGGUAAUGGUGUAAGCACUGCUAUUCUGAAAAAGAUAUGCCGCGAAAACGGCAUACCCAAGUGGCCCUUCAGAAAGAUCGCAUCGGGCAUGACGAUAGAGGAGAUCAAGCGAGACGCAGCAGCAGCUCACCCCCCUCCACCAGGCAUGCACGCUCCUUCUACCCAUCCCUCUCAUCCCUCCCAUGCCCCAUCUCCUGCCCUAGCCUCCUCUCUGCCCUCGCUCACCCCGCUGCUGCCAGGAGCAGGCAUGCAGGUGCCAGUGGGUGUUUCCCCCUAUGCACUCAGGACUCCUGCUGCUGCUCUCCCUUCCACUGCAGCUGCUGCUGCUCCUGCUGCUGCGAGUGCUGCUUCUGCUUUCUCCCAGCCCUUGCAGCAGCAGCGCCUUCAGCUGAUGCAGCAGCAGCAGCAGCAGCAACAGCAGCAGCAGCAGCAGCAGCAGCAGCAGCAGCAGCAGCAGCAGCAGCAGCAGCAGCAGCAGCAGCAGCAGCAGCAGCAGCAGCAGCAGCAGCAGCAGCAGCAGCAGCAGCAGCAGCAGCAGCAGCAGCAGCAGCAGCAGCAGCAGCAGCAGCAGCAGCAGCAGAAUUUACAGGCAGCAGCAGCAGCAGCAGCAGGCGGAGAAAACGAAGCAGCAGGAGGGACAGGAGCAGGCCGAGGAGCAGGAAGGGGAGCAGGCAGAGGGGCAGGAACUGGGGCAGGCAGGGGAUUGAGAGCACCGGCAGGACGCGGCAGAGGAGGAAGAACAACGGCAGGAAAAGGAAGGGGAGAAGGAGCAGCAGCAGCAGCAGCAGUAGUUUCUUCCAUUACCUCUUCUCCUGCUCUCACUAUUCCUCCUGCCAUUCAGUCCCAGCGCCUUACCCCUCCUCCUCCUCCCCUUCCUGCUGUUGCUGCUGUGGCUGCGACUGCGGCUGCUUCGAAUUCCCAUGCCUUGUCUGCUUCACUCGCACGCACACCUGCUGCCGCCACUGGUGGUGCUGCUGCUGCGCCUGCUACACCUGCUGCUGCUGCUGCUGCUGCUGCUGCUGCUGCUGCUGCUGCUGCUGCUGCGGCAGGAGGGGCAGCAGCAGCAGCAGGUCGGACUGGAGCUUAUGCCACAGCAAUGGGAGCUGGGCGGCUUGUUUCGGCACUUCCUCCCGUGCCAGUGUCUUUUACAAUGGUGCCACAUGCAGCUGCUGUAGCAGCAGGAGGUGGAGCAGCAGCAGCAUGUGGAGGGGUAGCAGCAGGAGGAGGAAGAGGGGUAGCAGCAAGUGGAGUACAAACUACAGCAGCAAACACGGGUGGCAACUUCCGUCCUAUUCUCGUCAAGGGUCCAGCAGCAGCAGCCGCUGCUUCUGCUACUACUGGAGGGACAGUCACCACUGCUCCUCGUGCUGCUGCUACUGCUGCUCCUGCUGCUGCUGCUGCUCCUCCUGCUCCCUCCCGCAUCGCCACGACCAUGACCCCACCAGCAGCGGUUUCUACACCAAAUGCUCCCGCAGCUGACACUGAUAUCGAGGAGUACUAUAACGAGGAUGAUGCCACUGCAGCGGCCACUCUAGCAGCCGCAGCAUCAGCAGCAGCAGCAGCAAGGGCAGGGAGAGUGAGAGGAAGAGUCCCCAGCGCCUUUGACCUGGCCCUGUCUUUGCCUCUGCAGAACCCCCCGGCCUUUCCCUUUCCGUUCCCCCUGCCACUGGCGCAACGACACGACACCAGAGCCCUGAGACAGCUAUCUGCCCCUGUCACGCGAUCACUAGAACAGCAUCAAAGCCACGCUAAUGAGCUUCCUGUUUCUCCUGGGGGAGAUGCCGUGAAGGUUGAAGCUUCUGAUGGUGUGGGUGUUGCUGCCAGAGGUGGAGUGGCAGCGGGAAGGGAAGGGGGACGAACAGCCAAUGCUGCUGCGCAAGCGCCGGGGAUAGUCAAGGUGGGGUCGAUGCCUGGUGCUACCGCAGCAGGAACAGCAGGUGUGGUGGAUGGGGGGGAAGAGGUGAGGUCAAGUGUACUGAUGCAGUUCAGAGAGGGCUUCCCUGCUGCUGGCUUGCCGUGGGACGCGCUUAAGUGGUGGGGUGCGGAGGGAGGGAAUGCAGGCGACAUAGGUGGUGUGGGAGGAGUGAAAAGAGUGGGCGGAGGGGAUUUAGUUUGCAAGGCUGACAGGGGAACUGGGGAGGAUGGGAGUGGUGCUUCGAAGGGUGUUGUGCUGGGUUGUGGGGUGGAAGACAAGGAGAGGGUGGAAGAGGAGGAGGGUCGAUUAGAGGAAGUGGGUGAGGAAGAGGAGGAAAGGCAUGAGAUGGAUGAGGAGGGGCAACAAGGGAAGCUAGGGGAGGAGCAGGAGGAGGAAAACGGGAAAGAGCAUAAGAAGGGGAUGGAGGAGGCGAAGGGGAAGGAGGAGGAAACUGGGAAGCAGGAGAAUGGGAAACAGGAGAAGGAACAGCAGAGAGGGAAGCAGGAGGGGAAGAGGAAGAGGGAGGAGAGCACAUUAGAGAUGGCGGAGAGGCUGGUGGGAAUGCAUCGAGCAGCAGUGGGGAGGGCGAGGGUGGGCAGGCAGAGUGCGGUGUCACGGGGUUAUGCAAGUCCAGCAAGUGGCGGUGAUCUCGCUGUGCUCUCGUUUGUGUUUGGUGCUUACACUCCCCGCCAGUGGUGCUGCGAUGGUUAG